GAAGCAUCAUAUCAAAACAAUGUUUAGACCAACUAAAAAGAAAAAUAGAAGAGAGUUCAAAUGUUAGUCUCAUUGGAAUAAAUGGACAAAAACAUAGACCAUUAGGAAUUGUACGGAAAGUACAUGUCACCUUAAAUAAUAACCACCCAAUCGAAGUAACAAUGCAAGUAACAGAAGCUACAAACUAUGAAUUAAUUUUAGGAGUAGAUUGGUUAAGAGCUAUAAAUGGAGUAAUAUCCAUUGGAGAAAAGAUUUUAACCACUACUGCCUAUGGAACAACCAAUAAACAUCCUAUAAAAGCCAGAACAAAUGGUGAGAACAUUCACGAAUAUGGAAUGGGAAGACCUAGAGGAAGAACAGAAACCAACUAUCAAUAG